AUGCUGGAGUGUGUGGAAAACAGCAUCAAGGUGAUCGUGGUGGGGGACGGCAAUGUGGGCAAGACGUCAAUGUUGCGGCGGUUCGUCAAGGGGGAGUUCGUGAACCAGUACAAGAAAACUAUUGGGGCAGAAUUUAUGGAGAAAAAUGUCUUCCUGCACCAAUCCAACACGACAGUGAAGCUCAUGCUCUGGGAUACGGCUGGGCAGGAGGUGUUCAAUUCCCUCACCCAGGCGUAUUACCGUGGUGCUGGCGCGGCAAUACUGGCGUUCAGCACAGUCGAUAAGCACAGUUUUAUGAAUGUGGUGAACUGGAAGAGGAAUGUCGAGAACGUGUGUGGUAUUAUUCCAAUGGUCCUUUGCCAGACAAAGUUUGACCUUGCACACGACGCGGCCAUCACGAACGAGGAGGCAGAGCAGCUAGCAAUAGAGCUUCAGUUGCCAUUUUUUCGCGUAUCCACGAAGGACGACUUCAACGUGACGCAGCUCUUCGAAUACACGGCUGGGAUGUGCCUGAGCGAGGAGCCGGGAGAGAAUCGGAGUGCGCCACUGGAGGCGUCUUCACAACUCAGUAGAAAUAAGGUUCCUGGUGCGAUGGCCACGAGGCCCGGAACCCAGUCAAUGAUGCGCGUUGACCUGAGGGCGUCAAAACCAGGGGACAAGAAGAAGAAGAAGAAGCUCUGUACACUAAUUUGA